CCGAUCGCAAAGACUCUGCAUUCUGCAACGUAGAUUUGGUGAAUUACCCAGAGAAGAAAAUCAAAAAGAUAAUCAAGUUGGUGAGCAAAAUCUUUCUUCCUCCCUGGUUAUCAUCUUCUUGUUAUUUGAUAAUUGUUCUAUUAGUUGAUGUUGAAAUACUGGAAUUAGUUACGAGCUCAAGUAAGAUGGAUGGUGGAAGAGACAACAAAGAUGAUAAUGAAAAAGGGCUGUUUUCAAAUCUUGCUGGAUAUGCUGCUGGACACUACCCACAGCAUGGAGCCUACCCUCCACAAGGAUACGGAUAUCCUCCGCAAGCGCAUGGACCACCGGGUUACCCUCCUCAAGUUGGGUACCCUCCCUAUGGUGGGUACCCUCCUUCAGGCGGUUAUCCUCCUCCAGGCGGUUAUCCUCCUCCGGGCGGUUAUCCUCCAUCUGGUUAUCCUCCCCCUGGGGGUUAUCCACCAUCUGCUUAUCCUGCCCAUGGUGGAUAUCCACCAGCCGGAUAUCCAGGUUCAUCAUCUCACCAUUCAGGGCAUGGACCUAAUAUUGGAGGGAUGCUAGCUGGAGGUGCUGCUGCUGCAGCUGCUGCUUACGGGGCUCACCAUCUUGUGCAUAGUGGAGGUCACCAUGGGUAUGGUUAUGGAGGUCACCACGGCUAUGGACACGGGAAGUUCAAGCACGGCCAUGGUCACGGGAAGUUCAAACAUGGAAAAUUUAAGCACGGGAAGUUUGGCAAGCGCUUUGGAUUCGGGGGGAAGUUCAGGAAGUGGAAGUGAUCGAGAUUACUAUUGAAGAUCGAAGUCCUCUGUAUUUGAUGUUGUUGAUAUUUUAAUUGGCCUUUUAAUAAUUACUUCAGACUGGAUUCUUUGGAUUUUUUUUUUACCUCUGUAAAUGAGGCUACUGCUACCAUAUGUCAGUUUGGUUCUUUUGGUUCGA